ACAUCUGUCAGACACGAUCGGGCAUUCGGGCUUAGGCUUGGGCGAUUGCAGCGGGCUCACUGAGAGUGAUCGACUGGUGCCACCGGGCCAGGGUCGGACCCCAACUCGCUCCCCGCAGCCGGGCCGGCCGUGAUGCUUCCGCUGCGGCGCUUGUCGGCGGCCUGCCGCCGGCGUGGGCUCGCCCAGUUCGCCACCGGAAUCCCCCGGGAGGCGGCGGACGCGGUCGUGGUGGGCGCCGGCGCGGUCGGCCUCGCGGUGGCGCGCGCGCUGGCCAUGGCGGGGCGCGACGUGGUGAUGGUCGAGGCGGCCUCCAGCUUCGGCACCGGCACCAGCUCCCGCAACAGCGAGGUCAUCCACGCCGGCAUCUACUACCCUCCCCGCAGCCUCAAGGCUAAUCUUUGUGUAAGAGGAAGGGAAAUGCUCUACAAGUACUGCACAGAACGAGCAAUCCCCCAUAAACGGCUCGGCAAACUUAUCGUUGCUACUGGUGUUGCAGAGACUGCAAAGCUGGACAUGCUCCUCAAGAGUGCUAAAGACAAUGGGGUGGAUGAUCUUCAGAUGAUGGAAGGUUCUCAGGCCAUGGAGAUGGAACCUGAACUUCGUUGUUUGAAAGCUUUGCUAUCACCUAGUACUGGGAUUGUUGACUCACAUUCAUUCAUGCUCUCCCUUUUGGCUGAUGCUGAAAAUCUAGGCGCAACCAUAUCAUAUAACACAGCAGUCAUCAGUGGACGUGUUGGAGAUGAAGGGAUCGAGCUUCAUAUUUCUGAAAGCAAAGAGCUGGAGAACCAUUCUAUUGGCUCUCCUGUACUCCCACAGAUUGUUUUGCUUCCAAAACUUCUGAUAAAUGCAGCAGGUUUGAGUGCAAUUCCACUUGCCAAAAGACUUGAUGGCCUUGCCCAAGCAUUUGUGCCCCCGGCUUACUAUGCCCGUGGAUGUUACUUCACCCUCUCACAAACCAAGAGUCCUUUCAGCCACUUAAUAUACCCUCUACCAGAGGAUGGUGGCAUAGGGGUCCAUGUCACACUAGACUUAAAUGGCCUUGUUAAAUUUGGACCAGAUGUUGAAUGGUUAGAUGGUAAAAUGGACGACAUGUCAUGUUUCCUGAAUAGGUUUGAUUACUCGGUGAACCCCACCCGAUGUUCUGGAUUUUACUCUGUGAUAAGGAAGUAUUUUCCAAAUCUCAAGGAUUGUUCUUUGGAGCCUGGUUAUUCUGGGAUCCGGCCAAAGCUUUCUGGCCCGGGACAGCGCCCUUCGGAUUUUGUUAUUCAGGGGGAGGAUGUCCACAGUAUUCCUGGGCUGGUUAACUUGUUUGGUAUAGAAUCCCCUGGUUUGACGUCAAGCUUGGCAAUUGGAGAACACAUAGUUUCAAGGUAUAACAACACUUGAUUCUCAAACAAUCGCCAAUCGAUGAAUUGCAGCUGGAUGAAUCCAGGACGGCUGGAGGCUCUCAUGUGAAUCAGCUUGUAAAGGCGUGACUCUCCAGCUUAUAGUUGAAUAAACAGAAUAUAUCGAUUGUAGGUUGAUGUAUAAAAUGUGGAUCCUCGCAUAGUUUUUGUGGGAAGAGGAUCCUCUGCAUUACCAGCUUGUGUCUCUAAGCAGAAUCAUAUGCAUUAGAUCGCCUGUCGGAACAUUUGAUGAAGAUUGGAUGGCCAGGAUUGAAUGGAAAACACGAUGGUAGCGUA